UCAGUUUAUCCUGACUUUGUCGCAGUUUGCCCAAUCUGUCGUGAGCCAUUUUGUGCAUCGUUCAAGCAGCUGUACAACAAGGAUUUUCAUACGUUUACUUCGAAAUGUCAUAACGAAGUUACCAAGUGUUUCGUUCAAUUGCUGACGCCCUAUGAGAGUAACGUGAAUUUGAUGAUAACCGAACAAUCAGUAGUAUAAAAAGUAAUCGAAGAUUUUUUGAAAAAAUUUACUCUCGCGAAACAAAGAACUUUUCAAUACUUUUCAAUAACCUUGGCCUGCACGGUAUAACAUUCUCGCUCUCAUGUUGGUAGUUUUUACAAUGCUAGUCUAAAAGUAGUUUUUUUCUUGGAGCACUGAACUUCAGCCAAUCAUGUAGUGAGCACGGAUUAAUGGAAUUAGCAAUUCUUACCCGUUCUUUUACGUCAGGAUUAAUGGCAAGUCGCAACAUUGUUCGCAUGGCAGUUGCAGUUAUCCACAAACCCUGCGUGCCAUGAGUAUGCAACUUUCUAAACAACUAACAUCGUAACUAGGAUAUAAUUUAAGUCCCACUAUAUCACGAUAGGUGCAAAGCAUCCACGAUUGCAGAAUGAGCAAUGACAACAUGCAACAUCACCAGCAUCACCACUCGGGGGAUGUCGAGUUAGCGCUGAUGCUUCCCACCUUUCCAAAAUCAAGGAGGCCCUGUGUAAACGUAUGGAUGGACAAGAUGAGCAAAGGCUUGUUAUCUUGCACACACUUUAAGGAGCACUGGAGAAUUUGGGUGCCGAAAAUCUAUAGUCCUGAACCAAACGGAAGUUGUUUGGAAUGGAGUUUCAAUGAGGUGAAGGCGCAGAAAAUUCUCUACAGUACUUUAGAAGAGUUUAUAUGCAAUGGCAAUCCACAAGAGGUACUUCAGCAGCUCAGCCAAUUAGAUAAUCCACCGUCCGUGUGCGGGAAAGUUUUCAAAAUGGGUGAACCUACUUACAGCUGUAGAGAAUGUGGAAUGGAUUCAACUUGUGUUUUAUGCGUCGUGUGUUUCAAGCAAUCUGCGCACCGUAAUCAUAGGUAUAAAAUGGGCACAUCUAGCGGCGGGGGCUGCUGCGAUUGUGGCGAUCCUGAAGCAUGGAAAAACGAUUCAUCUUGCAACAUACACAAAGCUGGAAUUCAGUUCAAAAGUAGACCUCGCAAUAAAUUGCCUGAAGACAUAGCAGAGAGGGCAAGAGCUACAUUUGAAGCAGUAUUAAAGUAUUCUUACGAGCUCUUGUCCCUGGAACACGCACCUGGACUACCAUCGGAUUUGCGUUUGAAAGGUAGAGAUGAAGAUUUACAGGCACCAAGUGAUACUUAUUGCACUGUUUUGUUCAACGAUGAAACACAUACAUUUGAACAAGUAAUCAAUACAUUGUCUCGAUUAAUAAAGUGUAGUCAUCGAGAUGCAAUUGAGUUUGUAACGAACAUUGAUAGAGAGGGGAGAGCGGUAGUAAAAUGUUCAACUUUUGAACAUUGUGCUGAAUUAAAGUCUGAGAUCGAAAGAUUCACAUCCAGACAUGGAAAUCGCCCACUCAAAGUAUUGGUUGUCCACGCAGACGUUGUUGCUCAUCAGUUAUUUGCAAUGAAACUCCUAGCGUGGUUGCAGGAAUUCAUGGCACACUCGGAAGGCUUCAGAAUAGCAUUUAGCGACGCCGCUCUUCAUACAAAACUUCCCGAUGUAUCAAUUGUCGAGGGAAUUCUUAUGAGGGAUUCGCAGCUUUGGAAGGCAGCAAGAACCGCCUGGCAUAGGCUUUUCAUCUCAGGAAUGUUAGUAGAAUAUGAAAGUAAAAAGGCAUUGGCUUCUGUAUUUACGUACAACUACGGCACUGUCAUGAAGGAUUUUAUUAGGGAUGAUCAUGAUCAUUCCUUUUCUAUUGCUGCGCUAUCUGUUCAACUAUUCACCGUCCCCACACUUACACAUUAUCUCAUUGCACAUAAUGAUGUACUCUUUAUACUGUUGAACACAUUUAUAUCGGAGAGCUCAAGAAAAUGCAAUGCGCAAGGAAAACUAGAAUUUGAGAGAAAUUCUUCCAACCAAACAUUUAAAAGAGCUCAAUACAUUUUAUACGACUUGCGGUAUUUAUUGAGUGCAAAACCAGAUACAUGGACAGAUGAAUUGAGGCAUGGAUUUCUGCAAGGUCUCUCAAUGUUGCUACGGUUGCUGUGUAGUAUGCAAGGAAUGGACGCGGUCGCACGGCAGGUCGGACAGCAUAUAGAAUUUGAACCGGAAUGGGAAUCGGCCUUCAAUUUACACAUCAAGUUGGCAGCAGUUAUCAGUCUUGCUCUUGAAUGGUGUGGUUCCGACAGGACUGUUUUGAUCAAAGCAUUUAGGCUGGUUUUGAAAAAACUUUAUGAGCUUCCAGGAAACGACCCUGGUCCAGGACAAGUUAGGGAACUAGCCAAUCACAGCGCCUCGUGUUUACAAUAUGAUGUAUCCACAGGACCUGUAUCUAUUCAUCUUCCAUUGUCUAGAUUUUUAGCAGGUCUGUUUUUAUACUUGGAACGUUAUAAUCUUGAGUUUCAAAGCCCGGAAUUUAUGAUGCCAACUAAGCCGACACCGGAACAAAUAAUCGAACCUGUUUUAAGAACGCAAGCAAUGUUUUCACAAGUUCACGCCGGUAUGUGGCGACGGAAUGGAUAUUCAAUAAUGAACCAGUUGUUCUUUUAUCACAAUGUUAAAUGCCGAACAGAAAUGCUUGACAGAGACAUUGUCUUACUACAAACCGGUGCCUGUCUGAUUGAAAGUAACGAAUUCCUUAUUCAUCUUUUGAAUAGAUUUAAUCUUCUCAACUGGGCGAACCCAGAAUUUGAAGCAAACACCCUGAAAAACCCUGAGGAAGAUAGCAUGAGACAAACGAUUAGUUUAGUUGAAGAAUUUUUAGGAUUGCUCAUUACUAUUAUCGGAGAAAGAUAUACACCCGGAGUCGGAAACGUAGAUGCUGAUGAUAGAAUAAAAAAGGAAAUCAUACAACAGCUUUGCAUCAAGCCCCUGUCACAUUCAGAAUUAAACAAGACUUUACCUGAUGAUGUACACCAUGAAACAGGAAUGGAAAGGGUAAUCGACGACCUUGCAAACUUUAAGAAGCCAUUAUCAUUGUCUGCCGGAAAAGGAGUAUAUGAACUGAAACCAGAAUUUUAUGCUGAUUAUAAUGUGUUUUUUUAUCACUACACCAGAGAAGAAUUUAGCAAAUCGGAAGAGGAGCAGCGUAAGCGAAGAAAGGCAGCACAUGAAUUGGAAUGUUGUCCACCACCGAAAUUGCCAAAAUUAACGGAAACCUAUAGUUUGGUUGCUAAUUUACUGCAAUGUGAUGUAAUGUUACAUUUAAUGCAGACUGUUUUAGAACGUGCGCUUAAUCUAAGAGCCAGAAGCUACUCCGAGCCUCAAGUUCAGAGAUUGCUCCAUCUGAUCGGAUACGCCUUGCAAGAGGAAGAGUCAGGCUAUUAUGCAUUUUUCCGAUUCACUGAAAGAUCUACAAAGUGGAAGAUUUAUAACUUACUGGAACAAUUAUCUUACAGUCCGAGGCUGGAUGCUCACAAAGAUUUGGUCACAUGGACAUUAGACAAGUAUCAGGAACUUUUGGGUUACACACCGUCUGAAGCAAGAAAUGCACCAUCUACUGCACCGUCAACGGAACAAACCAGCGAACCAGAGGCAAACAAAAUGGACAAAGAGUGGAGAACCCAAAUGGCUGCGCAACAACGAGCUAGGAUUAUGGCUCAGAUGGCUGCGAUGCAAAAGAACUUCAUGAAAGAGAACGCAAAGCUGUUUGAAGAAGCUGCCCUUGAAGCUAGCAAAACUAACGAUCGAGGUUCUAAUUUGGACCUAAGCGAAUUUUCAGAGCAAGCUCCCGUGGCUGUAGGUAUCAAUCAAACAAGUAGAAUAUGCGAGGAAGAAACAUAUACUUGCAUACUGUGUCAGGAGGAUCAACCAAUAACGGCCACCGGUCCUGCAAUGGUACUUGCAGCGUUUGUUCAGCAAUCCACCGUCCUGUGCCAAAACAGAGCAAACACAGAUGAACCUAAUGUACUUUUUCUCUCUGAUAAAUUGGGCGCAGCACCUCAUACCAGUACUUGUGGUCAUGUAAUGCAUGCGCUGUGCUGGGAAAAAUACCUUCAAAAUGUACAUGCAAAAGAAAGCAGGAGGCCUUACAGAGCUCGACAACCGGCGAGCUUUGAUAUUGAAAAACUAGAAUACCUUUGCCCUCUUUGCGAGUGUUUGAGUAAUACCGUAUUGCCACUUUUACCGCCUCUUGGAAGCCUGCAGAUGUCCAAUCAAAACAAAGACAAUAUAGAUUUCUCUAUAUGGUUACGAGCUUUAGUAGUAACGCUGAGUUGUAAAGUCAAAGUGACUCACGGAAUUGCUGAAUAUUCAGAAACUAGUCACGAUUUGUACUGCCGCUAUUGUACAGUUCAAAAUUCAGUACAAAAUCCUGUCGAGAGGUUUGACGAAGAGGUAUCGUUACAACAUGAAAUGUUUGGCUGCCCAAUUCAGCGAAUAUCUCGAGAGUUAGGAGAUGUUGGAGCAUCGUUCGAAGCGCUUUAUGCUGAAACUGGACCUCAUCUCUCUAAGGAAUUAAUUGAAAUGAUACAUUUAUUUACUCAAGCCACGUACACAAAAGGGCUAGAUGUUGAACCACAUGGAGGAAAUCCCCGUGUGCCUUUGUUGGCGUGGAAAUCGACCGUGUAUACUAUACAUACGAUAGAAUUUAUUCUGAGAGAUAUGGAAAAACCGCUACUCGGAGCUUUAACGUCGAGGCAGAGAGACAGUCUAAAAGGAUUAGUUAGAAUCGCCGCAUCUCUUGGAUCAACCUUGCCAAACAGCACUGUAAUUGGAAACCAUGCCCUAAAUUUUCUGACCAUGCUCCUGGAAAAUCCACAUGACGGUCCCAGUGUGUUGGACUGGGAUCCUUUGGGCGUUUUUAUUCCACUAACUGUCUCUCUGAUGAAUCUCUACAACAUAAAAGCGAACGCUUCUUGCGGAUUGGUUACUGGUGGUGUACAAGAAUCUCAUGCGUUGAAGUUAGUUUUUCUCUCAUUGAUUGUGAGAAUUCUUGUCACCAUGGAAUACAACGAGAACGAAGUUAUGGACAUCGACAAUGAACAUUGGGAGGAUCGCUCAGUGUUGAAAUUUACUGAAGAAUUGGGUCUGAAAGUUGGGAGUUACACAGCAUCUGAACUUUGGAGGCGUGUGCAAGCAGCGUGCAUACCGUUUCUUCGAGCCUGCGUCCUAUACUUUCAUUAUUUGACGGACGUACCUGCACCGGUGGAACUAACAAAACAAGGGGGUGAUACUUACGAAAAUAUGUGUAAAUAUUUGGGUCUUCCUGUUACGUCAGAUGAACUGUUGGAUUCGGAAGCUGUUGUAAAUAUAGCAAAAUUGUGGGUCGCCCAUCCAAAGGUUCAGCAAUACCUGUCCGACACGAGUACCGUUGUGGUGACGAAAGACCCACUGAUAAUUAAUAAACUUGUAGAUUUGCCAGAAGACUAUAGCGAAUUGAUAAACGCAGUUUCUCUAUUUACCUGCCCGAAUAGUGACAGGGAAGACUCGAGGAAUCCAACGAUGUGCCUUGUUUGUGGCGAGAUGUUAUGUUCGCAAAGCUACUGCUGUCAAGUUGAGUUGAAUAAGAUAACAGUGGGGGCCUGUAUUUAUCAUGCUAGCAAGUGUGGAACUGGAGUCGGACUAUUUCUGCGAGUUAGAGAAUGCGAGAUAUUAUUUUUAAGGUCUCCCACUAGGGGGGCCGUUGCCUGUCCACCUUAUUUGGACGAGUAUGGAGAGACGGAUCAAGGCCUAAGAAGAGGUAAUCCACUCCGACUUUGCAGAGAUCGUUACAAGCAGCUAAAUCGAUUAUGGUUGGAGCAUGGCCUACACGAAACUAUCGCCCGAGCGGUCCAGUCAUCCAGUACCCUCAUAACUAUGCAAUGGCAACAUCUAUAACCGGUCUGGCAAUCCCAUAAUUGAUAUCUAUCGGAUUAACCAAAAAAUACUAAAUUUACGAUUAGUAUAAGCGAGUAGUGAGUAAUGUUAUUGUUAAUUAUUAUUUGAUUUUACAGCCUGAAAAUUAUAAAAUUAUUUAUUUCUUUAGACAGCGAUUUGUCGAAAGUCUUUGUACAUUUAAAUACUGCGAUAUUAAGUAUCCUUGUUGCAUGUUUCAAAUUAUUUCAGAGUUUACUGAAAUUUAUAUUGUAUAAAUUUAAAUAUAAAUUCAUUUUCAACUAUUAAACUUUACAUUUUACGAAUUUUGACUUGCCAUACAUAUUGGAAUAAAGGGUAUAAGGACAAGGAGAAUGAAGCAGAAAUGAAAUGGUACUUAUCCGAAUAUGCCAUCCGAAUGUAAUAUCAUUGUAGACGUGAAAUCAUAAAUGCAGUACCUAUAAAUUAAUAAACGAGAAAAAUGUGUGUCUGCCAAGUCUCUUGCUAAAAUUUAACAUAUGAGAAAACAUCACAAUAAAUAUAAUUGAAAACUUUUAUUAUGUUUUUGAAUAGUUACUUUCAAAUAGAUUUCGAGGUACUGUUGAAAUUGAUCUAACCAGCGGAUGCGACUGUCAUCCAUCCUCACCAAAUUUAUGUAAUUUAUCCUAGACCGUCAUAUAGUGUUUACCAUAAAAUCAUAAAUUAAUCUCUUAUUCGAUAUAUUAUGUGGUCUGUUUCAUUUACGCACGGUAAAAACAUAUAUACAGGGUGACCCAGAACUACCGUCCCAUAGGCUACUAAUGUCUGAAAAAAAAUUUUCGAUUGUAACGUUUUCCACCUUUCUAAAAAAUUUAUCAUUCUAGAAUUACGGCCGUAUGAAAGUGGCCAAUCCGAUAGUAUCUGGUGCCAGUUUUCGUUAUUUUUUGAGUCAUCAAAUGCUACUCGUUUGGCCAAUUUCAAACGGCUGUAAUUCGCAAACGACAAUUUUCAUAUCAGAAAUGAAAAACGUUUCACUCGCAGAUUUUCACGUAGAAUACAUUUGUAGCCUAUGGGGCCAUAGUCUUGGGUCACCCUGUAUAUAUAUUUCAAAAAAAAAAAAAAACCCUGAACGUACACUUAGAAUAGUGUGGAAAAGACUUGCGGUUGCUCAAGCCGUCAAAAAUUUCGUGUUCUCCGAUAAACGAAUAAACGUGAUAAGAUCAUCAAUUGAGCGGUAUGAUAUCUUGCUCAGUUUUUUUUUUAAAUUGAUAAAACGGACCAUGGCAUUAGUUCAUAUCGGAGGAAGAUGGAAGAAAAAAGAAACAAUGAAGUAAGAAA